AUGUCAUCAAUUGAGGAACAGGCUCGACAGCGGCUGAUACAGCAAGCUCAGCAGCGACAGUUACAGCUCAUGGCCGCAAGACAACAGCAACAGAGACAAGCCGCGAACCAGACUGGACAACAGAUGGGAAUGGCCAUGGGUUCAUCCAACGCUCCAACUGGUUUAUCCAUGGCCACAGCCCACGACGAUAUCCCCAUCACAAGUCCCAGUGACUUUGACCUCUUCAAUGGUCGGGCCACUUCACACCCCGACUUCGUCUCGUUUCAGGCUGCCUGCCGGGAUGGACCUUUAUCUGUCGUCGAGUCGAUCGUCACCUCCGAGCCUCACUCACCCGCUUUUCUUCACCAAGGAUUGAUUAUCGCCCUUGGCGCCGGAAAUAUCGACGCUGCUCGCUAUCUUCUCGGAUAUGGCGCUCCUGUCACUCGCCAAACACCACCGCAUGUUUUGUCGGCGCCAAAAGACCGGCAGAUUGCUUUAUUUGAGCUUUUGACGCAGCAUGGCUGGACACCUAAUACCCCGGGCUUCUACGGCGCGACACUUCUUCCCAGAGUUGUCACCGACGACAGCCUCGUCGAGUGGUUCCUCACACAUGGUGCAGAUCCAAAUCUAGGCGUUCAGCGUGAUAACCGCGAUCGCUUUGGUGGGCCUGAGACAGACUCCUGCGCCGCGCUCGAAAUAGCCUCAUCACGAGGCAGCGUUGAAUCAGUGCGCAAGCUCCUCGACGCUGGUGCACGCAUGGAAAAUGGUUCGCCGAUGUAUUUCGCAGCAGGUGCCUGCCCUCCGAAUACAAACCCACACGCAUCACCAGUCACGCCAAGCAAGGAUUUCGACGAAGCCAGGAUCCCCAUUAUGGCACUCCUCAUCGAGAAAGGCGCAGACGUGAACGGCAAGCUCCAGUCCCGCCACAUGACAGCCCAGUACCCCAUCGUCAACGCCGUCCUAGCCGGGGCUGUGGAGAGGGUGAGAUGGCUACUGAGCCAGGGGGCGGAUCCUAACCUGCGAGGCGCUUAUGGCAGCGCGGUCGAGUAUGCGCGAAAGGCGGGGAGCGACGAGAUGAAGUUGGUUCUUGGGGUUGAUUCGGUGGAGACGUAG